AUGCUGGCGCUCUCCGGCCUACUCACCUGCUGCUGCGGAGGCGGCGGCGGCGGCUGCGGCGGGCCUCUGCGCCUCAUCAAGGAGGCCACGAGGAGAUCCGUACGUACUCGCUUCGAGGCCUGCCUGCCGCCCGGAGGACCACCCGAAGCCAUAUGGCUGCCCCACGCGGACGAAGGUCGUCGGCACCCGGAGGAGGAGGGGAAGAAGCAGCCGAGGAGAAGGGGGCGCCGCGCGGAUCAGGGGAAAGCCGCUUCUGCAUCAGCGGCUCCUAAUGUCAUGCAGGCUGGCCGGCCACCGCCGCCGUCGCCGCUGAAGCAGCGUGUGGAGAUGGCGCAAAGCCUCGGUGGGGAGGUCACCCCUGUGGGCGCGUGGGCGGAGCCGCGCCCCUCGCUCCAGGAAGCGUGGGAGGCGCCAAAGGGCAAAGGUCAACUGUGCGCCUUCACACCGUUCGGCUCGGCUCAGCCCGUCGCCCGGCAACGAGCAAUCUCAAAGCCGCCACUCCCCCAUGGCCCUUCUCGCCAGAUCAGCUCAUUGCCGGUUGUGGUGGUGGUGGUGGUGGUGGUGGUGGUGGUGGUAUUAGAGGCAGUGGAGUUGGCCGUGCCGGUGGCGGCGGCGGCGGCGGCGGUUGCAGAUGUGUGGGUGUCUGCGAAUAGCCACCAUCCGGCGGCGGCGCACCCGGGCGCGGGCCUCGCGGGCCCGCUGGCGCACCUGCCCAAGGAGGCGGCCGACGGCGCCUCGGAGACGCGCGAGAUCGAGGUGCGCGACGUGGUGAAGGAGGGCCACGAGAAGGCCGACCCCUCGCAGUUCGAGCUGCUCAAGGUGCUGGGCCAGGGCUCCUUCGGGAAGGUGUUCCUCGUUCGCAAGGUGGUGGGCAAGGACACCGGUACCCUCUACGCCAUGAAGGUGCUCAAGAAGGCCACGCUCAAAGUGCGGGACCGCAUGCGCACCAAGACGGAGCGCAACAUCCUCGUGGACGUGCGCCACCCGUUCAUCGUGCGCCUGCACUACGCCUUCCAGACAGAGGGCAAGCUGUACCUGAUCCUGGACUUCCUGCGCGGCGGAGACCUUUUCACGCGCCUCGCCAAGGAGGUUAUGUUUACAGAAGAAGAUGUUAAAUUCUAUCUAGCUGAGCUAGCACUGGCGUUAGAUCACAUCCACAGCUUGGGCAUUAUUUAUCGUGAUCUCAAGCCUGAGAACAUCCUACUUGACGCAGAUGGGCACAUAUCUUUAACUGACUUUGGCCUCAGUAAGCUUCCACUAGAUGACCAAAAAGCAUAUUCAUUUUGUGGAACAGUGGAAUAUAUGGCUCCUGAAGUUGUUAAUAGAAAAGGUCAUUCCUUUGCUGCCGAUUGGUGGUCAUUGGGUGUAUUGAUGUUUGAGAUGCUGACUGGAACAUUGCCCUUUCAAGGGCCAAAUCGUAAGGAAACAAUGACCCAGAUUCUCAAAGCCAAACUCGGCAUGCCACAGUUCCUAUCGCCAGAGGCACAAGCACUUUUACGGGCUUUAUUCAAGAGGAAUCCUGCUAAUCGUCUCGGUGCAGGUCCAGAAGGGGUAGAAGAAAUCAAAUCGCAUUCAUUUUUUGCUACCAUUGAUUGGGAUAAGUUGUAUCGUAAAGAAAUUCAACCACCAUUCAAACCUGCUGUCAGCCGAGCAGAUGAUGCCUUUUACUUUGAUAAAGAAUUCACUUCAAAGACGCCAAAAGAUUCACCAGGUGUACCACCUAGUGCAAAUGCACAUGAAUUGUUUAGAGGAUUCAGUUUCAUUGCUCCUUGUUUGCUAGAAGAACAAGCAAAUUCUGUACCAGAACGUGCAAGUGAAGUGUUGUCAAAUAAGUUAAUGUAUGUCAAACCAAAUUCAAUAAGUGAUGAGUACGAACUCAAAGAAACCAUAGCAAUGGGAAGUUAUUCAGUUUGUAGAUUAUGUGUUCACCGAGCAUCAAGAACAGAGUAUGCAGUGAAAGUUAUUGAUAAGUCUAAAAAAGAUUGUCAAGAAGAAGUAGAAAUUUUACUUCGAUGGGGUCAUCAUCCUAAUAUAGUCACAUUAAGAGAUGUUUAUGAGGAUGACAGAUCAGUGUAUCUGGUCAUGGAACUAAUGCGAGGGGGAGAAUUGUUGGACAGAAUUCUUAGGUUAAAAUUUUUCUCUGAGCGAGAAGCCAGUGCUGUUAUGCACAUUAUAGUAACGACAGUUCAGUACCUGCAUCAACAUGGGGUUGUCCAUCGUGACCUGAAACCCUCAAAUAUAUUAUACGCAUAUGAUACAGGAAAUCCUGAAGCACUUCGCAUCUGUGAUUUUGGUUUCGCUAAACAGUUGAGAGCAGAAAAUGGACUCCUUAUGACUCCUUGUUACACAGCAAAUUUUGUUGCUCCAGAAGUUCUCAAGAGACAGGGCUAUGAUGCCGCUUGCGAUAUCUGGUCGCUAGGAAUUUUGUUAUACACCAUGUUGGCUGGCCAAACUCCAUUUGCCAAUCAUGCAGCUGAUUCACCUGGUGAUAUACUUCGUCGUAUUGGUGAAGGCAGAAUUGAUCUAGAAUCAGGAAACUGGCUGUCAGUAUCAACUGAAGCUAAGGAUCUUGUACAAAAAAUGCUACAUAUAGAUCCAAAUAGGCGUCCUACAGCAAGUCAGGUACUACAACACGACUGGAUCCAACACCGCAAUCACUUACCUACAAGACGUCUGCAACUUCAGGAAGCAAGUGUUGUCAAGGGAGCAAUGGCUGCAACAUAUCGUGCCAUGAACCAGAAACCUAGAUCUCCUAAUCUUGGACCUGUUGCAAUGUCUGAGCUAGCAAGACGUAGACGGAAGUCUCGCCCUAAAUCGUCUACAGAAGUUUGAAUUCAAGUUCUGGAAAAAGCUGUGUCCCUGUGAAGAAUCAUAUAGUGUUUCACUGUGAGAUGAACCUAAAUGAGAAGGCCUUAUUUGUGGAUCACUUCACAACCAUACAAACAAGAGUGGAUUCCAGUAUUAAGAAUAUCAUUGUUGAUAAAUUUUCUUAGACUCUGUGAAUAACACCAUUUUCAGGGGAUUUUUCUCUGGAUAUAAAGGCUGCAGAUGUACUUGCUUUAGUAUAAAUAUUGUUAAAAUACAGUGGAAGCCAUAGUGGAGAACAAGUCAUUCCAACUAGUAGUAAAAUGCUCAGAAGCUCUAUCUGUUUUGCAAGGAAUUUGAAAAGUGUAUUUUGUAAUCCAGUAUCUACAUAAAGCUAUCAAAACUCUGAGACUGUAGGAAUGUGAAUUCCUCCAUAAUGCACAAACACUAUUGAUAUCACUUUAAUGUCACAUAAAUUAACAAUGCUGUAACAUUGGGAAUUUCAUGGUAUAUGAAUGUGUGACUGGAAAUAUCAAUUUUAAUAUAAAAGUUUCAUAUUGAUGAGAAUUUGUUAGAAAUAUUUGAUGAGAUUUGAUUUUAAUUUUUGUAGAAUGUAUUUUCUUUUACAAAUGCAACAUUCUCUUCCAGAUGACUAAUUCUUUUGUGUCGUAAUGUUACAUUGUCAUCUCAUGGUGGUAGGAGGUUGUAACAAUUUAAGUGAAGAAAUGUCAUUCUAUGCAUUGAUAUAUUAAUUCCAUAAGAUAAUUGUAAAAUACAAAUUGUAUUGUAAAUACAUCAAAAAUAUAGAUGUUCCUUUUGUAACACAUAAUAUUGUUUAACAUCGUUCUUCAAAAUAUUCAUGAUUUAAUGCCUCCUCUCUUAGAGAUUCUGCAUAAAUUGUGUGUUUCAAAUUCUGCUGGCUAGAAAACAUUGUGGGUUUUAUUCACAAGAACCUUCCUUUUGAGCAACAUGUAGUUGUAAAUGGGUUCCACUGUAUGUCUUUGGAGUACAAUUUUCUAAGAUACCAGAGUAUUAUCUUCAAAUAUUAUCAUUUUUUGUCUUUUGUGUUAUUUUAAAAUAGUCAAUAGUUUCCUAUUGGGAAUUUUUUAAAAAAUGCAUAAAUCAACAGUUGCCUUCCUUUCCCAUUAACAUUCCUGUAACAAGUUCUUUGAGCUGAUUUACUACUACACUGCAUAAAUGCAACUCCAGUUUCAAAGACUUGACUCCAGAGAUUUCUCUAGGAAUCACUUGUAGAUCUGCUCUUCCUGGUGAUAUGUAAGAGGAAAAUCAAAUGAGAUGUUAUUUUUUCACAAACAGCAUGUACAAAGCUGCCUAGAAGAAUUGAAUAUUUGAAUAUUUUGAUUCUGGUCACACAAGUGUGUGUCUAGUCUUGUGCAAGUCUUUUUUAUAGACCCUUGUGUAAAAGUGGGUCUUACUUGUUUUUCUAGUUAUUGCAUCUAGAGUCCUUAAUUUAAUCACUCCUUCAUUAUGUAAAGUAUUUGUAGCUUUGUACAUAGCAAGGUGGGACAAUAGGAUCACGCAAAGAAAUUCUGGUUGUGAUAAUGUAAAGAUGUUUAUAUUGUGGAACUAUUUGAAAGUUGUUACAUCUUUAUUAUUUUCUUCAUCGCUUAUCAUUAUUUUUAUAGUUAACAUUUUAAGAGUUUAAUGCCACAGUUGUUACAGAGUUCAGUGGCAUGCUUGUUUGCAACAAACAUCAUGGCCAAAUAUCUUAAUUUACUUGCUGGAAGGAGAACCUUACAGUCUGGUAAAUUAGGUCGUUAUUCCAUUAAUGUCUUAUACAUAGCUGUAAAAUGUUUUUGUCUCUUAGUAUUUGUGAUGUGUGUGGUGAAAACAUUAACUUCGUACUGUUACACGUGUGAGAUUUAAUAUGAAUGUGAUUUUACACCUUGUCAUUUAACAAUAUUGAAAUCACAUUUAAAAUGAUAAAAUUUAAAAUAUUUGUGCUUAAUAUUGUAUCUACGAUGUUAAUUUACAUACAGCUAUUACUAUUACUACUAUUUAAAGGUGUUUAUAACAUCAUAAAAUAUAUGUUGCUUGAACAGCUACUUAACGAAAAAGUUAACUUCAUUUUGUACUUUGCAUGUCAAGAAUUGAGUCCCCAAGUUCCUCCAUCUAAAGUUUUCUGUGUGAACACUGAAAUUCAAGAUAUUUAGAAAGCAGUUUUUAAAAUUUAUUGCAAUGUUUAUUGAAUGAAUGAGGAAGUCAAUUAAAAAGUAAAAUAAAUUAUUUGUUACCUCAAUUAAUUUUUUAAAAUAAGUUCAAUGAAACUUAUGAUUUUAAAGAAAAAUUACUUUUAUACACUGAUUUACUCUUUAAUAUUUCUUUAAUGUGUUAGUACUCUGAAUGGGUUUCAGAACAGAAAGAAUUAUUUUCUCCUGAUAUGUAAUAUGUUACUCAUUACUCUUCACAAAUUAAUUUAGUUUGUUUGUUUUUACUUGUUCAGGGAGGUCUCUGUGCAUUGUGUACUUUUGGUUCAGUAAUGAAUUGCAAUAUAAUGUAUUCUAUUCCAUGUAAAAUGAGCAUUUAAGUUAAUUUGUACAAAUGUGAAAGUUGUUUACUUUAUAAGAAUGAGAAGCAGUGUUUUAAGCCUCUUGUAAAUAUUUAUAAGAAAUAGUUAAAAUGACAGUUGUAGCCUUACUCAUGUGCCGGAUGUUUUAAACUGUAGCUUUGCAUGAAUUCCACUUUCCAGAAUUUUUGAAUGCUUGUGUGAGUAACUGCAGUGGUGAUGAAGCCAUUAGUGUUGCUAGUUCAUUGAAUUCUUUCUCUGCAUAUUCUCUACCAACUGUGGUAGAUAAUGUAGGAUGUAUAGACAAAUGUACAAAUGGAGGAAUGAUGUGUAAAUGUGUUAUGAAUUGUUAUCCCGGUACUGUUAAUCAAACUAAAUAUACUUGUCACAUUAAAAUGCUAAAUACAAAUAUUUUUUAUGGAAAGU